CUUUGAUAUUGCAGUGUGGCCAGGUCAAUUGCAAGAAAAAUAUGGGGACUUCUACGAAGUUUAUGCAGGACCCCUACGGCUAAUUUGGCUCUGCAGAGAAGAUUUAAUUAGUAAAAUAGUAAGUCCAGCAAGUAAUAAUAACUUUCAUAACAGUGUGAGCAAAAACAAUGACAGCAUGAAAGAACUUGGAAUACUUGACACGGCACUUAUUUUCAACACAAACUAUAGAACCUGGCAGUACUAUCGAAGGUUUUAUACAAAAACAAUGUCAAAAACUUCGUUUUUGAUCCAAGCUCUAGAUUUUACCCAAGAAGUGUUUGGUAAGAUGGAUAAUUGUUGGGAGAAUCUCGGAGAAGACACAACAUUAGAAUUUCCCCAUUGGGCUAAAAGAUAUUUUAUGGAUACCAUAUUUCUUAUAGCCGUCGGUAAACCAGUACAUUCCUUAUAUAGUUAUUAUGACAAAUUGCCAACUGACAAAAAGUUUAAUGUAUCGGAAAGCAUGUUAAAGGAGAGUGAAGUUUUUUUACAGGCUGUUCAAGAUUCUGCUACGUGCGUUGCACAUUUCAUGAUAUUUCCAAAGUUUAUUAGAGACUUUCCGGGAAUCAGUCGAUAUACUCAAAGAUUAAAAAAUAAUUUAAAUUGGCUAAGGAAAAAAACAUUUGAUAUUGCUAUGGAGAGAAGAGAAGAGAUUGAAAAAACACCAGUAGACCAAAAACUGACUCCUAAUAUUCUAACAAUGUUUUUAACUAUUAACACGUCACGUGACAUUACUGAAAAAAUCGCUGACAGCCUACACAGCGAGCCAAUGUCCGAUAAAGAGAUUGGUAGAAACUUAAUGGAAACUCUAAAUGGUGGAACUGAUACGGGAUCGAAUCUUCUGUGUUUCCUAAUUUAUUGCAUAUCUCGCCAUCCAAAAGUUAAAGAACUUUUGGUAGGAGAGAUCGAUCGAGUUUUGGGCAAAGACUUAAGUUAUAAAGUUACUUAUGAGGACGUGGUAAAACUUGAAUAUUGUGAAGCCACUAUUUACGAAUGUUCGCGAUUAUUUACCAUUGGGCCUGCAUUAUUUAAAAAAAACACUAAACCAGACGAGAUUGGUGGUUUGAUGUUUCCUGCGGAAACUCAAUUCUUUCUCUAUUAUAAAGGCAUUCAUAGGCAUAAAUCUUCAUGGACAAACCCGGAAGAGUUUAACCCAGAAAGAUUUAUUGAAAAACCAGAAAGUAAAAAACAUAUUUAUACUUUUGGUGGUGGACUGAGAAAGUGUCCUGGAAGAAAUUUGGCAAUUCUGCAGUUGAAAUUGAGUUUAGCUUUAUUGUACAGAAAGUAUGAUAUCGAGCUUGUUGAUAAGAAAACGCCGAUCAAGUAUCAUACCGGUCUCGCUCUAACUUGCGAUGAACUAAAAAUUCGAGUUAAGAAAAGAAAUAUUCAGUAA